GACACCUGAGGUAAUAAACAAAAGAAAUGAUCUUGCUUCCAUUCACCGGCAACUGGAGGGCCGUCACACUGUCACUGUGUUUGGUGUGGUUGCUCACCAGUUAUCAGUUGUUCCUUUGACCUUAACCCCACCCCCUCUCCUUUUCAUCUACCCACCUCUCUCUCUCUCUCUCUCUCUCUCUCUCUCUCUCACACACACACACACACACAAACACACAGACACAGUCUACAUUUAUAACCACCGAUGGCGGAUCCAAAACGCCCGUCAGACAUCCACAUCAGGGUUCCCUCCCGCCAUCAGACAUCCAUGAUCCACCCAGUAGACGUCGAAACCCCGCCGCCGCCGUCUCCCGCCCCGGCUCCACCCGCCGCCGCCGCGACGGCUCGGAGUCCGUCUGCUAUGUGUAGUAGAGAAGUGAAGCACUUCAAGAAGUGGUUCCCGUGGUUGAUCCCCACCUUCGUCGUGGCUUGCGUCGUGAUGUUGAUUAUAACCAUGUACGUCAACGACUGCCCUAAAAACUCCGUUUCGUGCGUCGCUGGGUUUUUGGGGAGGUUCUCGUUUCAGCCGUUUAAAGAGAAUCCUCUCCUCGGGCCUUCUUCAUCUACGCUAGAGAAGAUGGGAGCAUUAGAUGUGAGUAAAGUGGUCCACAAACACCAGUGGUGGCGCCUUUUCACUUGUAUGUGGCUACAUGGUGGUGUUUUUCAUCUACUGGCCAAUAUGUUGAGUCUUUUGGUUAUUGGCAUUCGACUUGAGCAAGAGUUUGGUUUUGUGCGGAUCGGAUUGCUAUAUCUCAUCUCUGGACUCGGUGGGAGUUUGUUGUCGUCUCUUUUUAUCCAGUCUAAUAUCUCUGUUGGUGCUUCUGGUGCACUUUUCGGAUUACUUGGAGGCAUGCUUUCAGAACUCAUCACUAACUGGACUAUAUACGCAAAUAAGGUAUCGGCAUUGUUGACCCUUGUGGUCAUCAUUGCAAUCAAUCUAGCAGUGGGAAUCCUCCCACAUGUUGACAACUUUGCUCAUAUUGGAGGAUUUCUUUCUGGAGUUCUCCUUGGGUUUGUGUUUUUGAUUCGUCCCCAGUUUGGAUGGGUUAGCCAAAGAUAUGCUCCUCGUGGAUCUCCCUCUGCUUCAACAAGUACACCUAAAUUCAAGGUGUAUCAGUGCAUAUUGUGGGUUGUUUCUCUGAUCCUUCUGAUUGUUGGGUUUACAGUCGGCCUGGUUAUGCUUUUCCGCGGGGUUGAUGCAAAUGAUCACUGUUCAUGGUGCCAUUAUUUGAGUUGCAUUCCUACUUCGAGGUGGAGCUGCAACACGCAGCCUUUGUCCUGUCUGUCCGAUCAACUGGGUGACCAGCUAACCUUAACAUGCUCAAACAAUGGCAAAAACAGCACAUACACAUUGGCAAAUGCAACCAAUUCUCAGAUACAGGGCUUAUGUACUCAGCUUUGCAGCUAACUAAUACAAAUCUCAUGGAGCUGUUAUAGGUCAGUUGAUGUAUAAAGUCACAGGGCUGAGUAUGCAGAAACGUUAUCCAUUGUUUUCCUGGAUUUCUGAUUCGAUUUUGUAAAUUGACACUUGUAUGGUAGUAAUCCCUCAUUCUUUGGCUCGAUGUGGUUUGGAAAGUUUC